AUGUCCCUCUUCGAACGGAAUCGACAGCAAAAGCGCCGCGACAAGACGCGGUUCUGUGAGAAAUGCGGAACAGACAUCAAGAUCAACGGUUGGACGCAGCACGAGGAGUCGUGCCGGAAGCAGGAGGAGAUGGUGGCAUUGAGCAGUAAGCUCUCGAGAAUCGAUCGUAUGCAGAAGAGGCAGCGGGAAGAAGAGUUUUUGCUCUCCUCUCGUGCAGGUCCAUCAAAAGUGCCAAGGUCUUCCGACGCCUCUCGCUCCAGACAGGCUACUCCUCCACCUGCGGAGGAUAACGAGCUCGAAUACCUCACGGGGGCGUCGACUCUACACAACAAUAAUCAACCUUCCGAGUCUGCCUAUGCCUCCGCCUCUCCCUCUGUAACCCUCGCCCCUGUAGCUCUCGCGUCAGAACCCCUCGCAUCUGAACCCCUCGCAUCUGAACCCCCCAUCUCUACAACCCCCGCAGCUGAGCCUUUUGCACCUGGGAUCCUCGCAUCUGGGCUUCUCGCACCUAACGCCAUCGCUCCCGCACCCCUCGCACCCCCGUCCAUCACGCUCGAGUCAUUCCCUUAUGAGCCUCUCGCUCCCGACAACCUCGCUCCUGGACUUGUUACCGUCAUUCCUGAAGCUGAGCUCUAUGCUUCCGACUCGGAGGCUCUCGCCCCAGCACUAUCUGCUACCGAACUCCUCCCUCCUGAGCCUUUCCCUCCAGAAUCCCUCGCUUCCGACCUCUUCUCUCCCGGUUCUAUUCCCCUUCAAGCACCAGAGUCUGCGUCUUCGCCUGCCGAAGUCGUCCACUCCAUGUCCGUUGCUACUCAACCUCUUCUUCCAUUACCUUUCCCCGACGGUGUACGCCUCCCUGCUGAGGGAGAUUAUCGAGUCGAGCAUCAUCCUCGUAGUAAACGUGCGGCGGAGUACUUUGCACCUAAUUCAUUCCAGCGCCACCCACCUCCCGAUCCUGACCAUGCCCCGCUGCCGAACCCUUGGAGUCCGUACUUCGAGUCCAGACUUGAGUUUGAGAUCGCAGAGCUGGCUCUCGAGACGGGUAUGACAGUUGAGCAAACAAACCGUUUCCUGGACCUCAUCCACCGUGCGCGACGUCGACAGGAGGAUGUGUCUAUCAAGAAGUACAGCGAGGUGAAGUUGCGAUGGGAAGCUGCUAGCCAGAGGACCGCCAAGUUUCACAAGGAAGAAGUCCACGCUACCUAUGGUGUUGUAGACGGAAAAUUCGACGUUUAUUAUCGUGAUGUCUGGGAGUGGACAACAGAGCUGCUACGAAAUCCCCGCAUCUUUCCCCAAUUCAUAUUUGAUGCGCAGAAGUUCUUCAGGUUUGAUGGCGGGAGAUUUUCUCACGUGAUCGAUGAGCCAUUCACUGCGGACCUCUUCUGGAACUGUCAAUCUCGUUGCCCUGACGAACGCGGAAAACCUAUAUGUUUCAUCCUCUACGCCGAUAAAACGAAGCUCUCUUCAUUUGGAACUGCAAAGGCUUACCCAGUCGUUGCCCGGAUCGCCAAUUUACCCGUUCAAAUCCGCAAUGGGACAGGUGUUGGCGGAGGCCACCUUGUCGGGUGGCUUCCAAUAGUUAAAGAGGAUAAUAAGUAUCGCAAAGCGAAGUUGGGGCUCUGGGCCAACUUCAAAAAUGUUGUCUGGCAUGAGUCCUUCAAGCGCAUCCUCCGCAUCAUUGCUACGAGUAAAACAACAGGGCUGUGGUUGCAGUGUGCUGACGGUAUUAUCCGGCUAUUUUUCUUGUUCCUUCAGAUUAUCUCAGCCGACUACGAGGAGCAAUGUACUAUGGCUUCAACUCGAGGCAACUGGGGCCUCUGCCCUUGCCCCAUCUGCCUUGUUCCCAAAGCCAACCUCUUCCCCGACUUGACAACAGUUCAUCCGCUGCGUACAACCAAGGAUGCUAAGUCUACAUUAAAAAACGCACGCGAGGCCAUCCGUAAGAAGGAUAAAGAGAAAAUUCUGAAGGACAAGGGCCAGCGAGAUGUAGAGAGCUGCUUCUGGGAUGUUGAGGCGGAUGUACAUAGCGCGUUCACAUAUGAUAGACUUCACGUUCACCUUAUCGGCCUGUGGGCGGAUCAUCUCGGGGCUCAGCUACAAGUUCAUAUUGGGAUCCUCAAGAAGGCCCACCUCAUCGAUGAUUACUACAAGGAUUUCCCUCGCUGGCGUGGCUUGAAACACCCAACAACGGAAUAUGUCGUGCAGUCACGAUCCUCUGAUGACGCUGACAUAAGCGGGAAAAACUGGGGGUUUCCUAAGCUACAUGCCGGUGACCACGUUCUCCUCUGCAUCAUGCUCAACGGCGUGCUUCGGAACUACGACACCAAGCCAAAUGAACAAACACAUGGCCCGCUCAAGGACUGGUAUUUAUUCCGUACUAACUUCCGAGAAUUUGCUGCUCAGAUACUAAGGAUUGACCACUGGAUGGUCGCCUCUGACAUGAUUCGUACUGAGCUCAAUGACGCGGAUGCCUGGGCACAGCAGCAGGAGGCUGAGAUACUAGGUAUAGCCUUGAACACUGAUGAGUCUCCGGAGCUGUCGCUUUCUGAGAGCGAAGCCAUGGAACUUGAGAAGCAAGGUCGUGUCCGCCUUGGCUCCAAAUGCUCUAAGGCGACACCAUCCCAGGUAGAGAAACAACACGAGCUCGAUGACGCAUUCAGCGAUUUUCCCCAAAGGCUUGACCGCUUCAUUCGAUCUAUCGUUACUAUCUCCACGCCUUUAACGCAGCUGUGCAUCAGCGAGAUUGUCGAGUGCCGCCUCUUGGUGGUGUGCUAUCAAUCGAAGGUUGAUUGGCAGCAAGCCAUCGACUUGCUCCGGGUUAGCCCAAUGUUUUAUCGGAUACCUCACUACGACUGCGUUAUCAUCCGGCUUGAUGACAGCUCUUACAUGUUUGGCCGGCUCCUGUUUAUGUUCAAGUGUCAAGUCGGUAGAAGCUCUCUUUCGAUUGGCAUGAUCCUUCCCUUUACAGUAGCUCAGAAUACAUCGGAUGAAAACAAGGAGCUAGACAGGGAUCUCAAUUUCUUCCGUCUCAAGGCCUCUCCCCAUGCUGAUGCUGCAUUCAUCUCCCUUCAUGACGUCGAGCGUGGAGCUCUACUUGCUCCAGACCCAGACAAGCCCGAUGAAUUCCUAGUAGUGGACACAGUCGAUAGGGACAUGUUUCUUCGUGUUCAGCAAAUUCGCUCCAAGGCAAUGUAA